GCAGAACUUCAAUGGACUGUAGAGACCACAGUGGCCGCACUGUGUGCUGGAGUAAGAUGUGCUACAAGAAUAUCCCUUGUAACAAAGAUAACGACUGCUAUUUUUACGCUGCCGCUGACGUAGCGGAGGGGCACCCACACCCUCUCUGCUUUGACGACACAGACUCCGUUCGGAAACUGCCCAGCGGCUACGGCACGUGCAUGAUGGCAGAAAUUGUUGGAAACAAGUACGAGCUUCUUAAAGGAGCUCGCCCUAACGCGGCACUUUCCAAACAGCACAAGCCGGACGUAGGGCCGCUAGCUUUCCAGGGGGAAUAAGUGGUCUAGUGGACCAAUACCUAUAUUACAUCAUACAACAAGUUUGGCCCUCUUUAUUGGAGAUUUUUCAGUACAAAAUUUAAUAUGAUGAAAAUAAACAAUGAUGCAAACCC